UAUCAUCUGUAAUCUUUUAUCUGUGGUCUAGUUGGAGACUCGGAAACAUCCAUCGUGUUGUAAACACUUUUUAUUAUUUUUUAAGUUUUUAUUUGUCCAAUAGAUGUAAUUAACCGGGAAAGAUAUGCAAGUGAUAAUGUGUUUUUCUUAGAUAUGUUUAUGUUUGCCUCUUAUACUGGGAUUUAGUCGGACAAUACCUUAGAACAAAAUGUGUCGCAUAAGAUUUUUUGUGUUUAUUUGUUUUCUACAAUAUGUAGUUGCAUUUAGUGGCCUGUGUGGGAAGAAUAACACGGAGCUCAGCUGUACAACGGAGAUCCUCGGCCAAAGAAGCACGGACUAUGACGCCUGUAAGAUGAAAGUGUACCCUCCGAACAGUCAGGAAUGUGGCGCUAUGACCUUCGGAGAUAAUUCUCCGAAUACUCACAUUGGGGGCGUGACUCUCAAACCUUAUAUCGUGGCCAUGCUGCACAACACCUUCUACGUCAACCACACGGUCCUCAAUAUUACUUUCAGUAAUAUUAAGUGGAAGACCAUGAAGUUCCGAUUCCAAGACAAGUAUAGAACGGAAAAGAACCACUGCAGAACCAUUACCAUAUCAAAUGACAUCACAAUUGACGAUGAUUCCGUGCUUUACUACGAUUGUUACUGGCCGAAGACUGAUGAUAGAGACGGACAAAGCCAUACCCUGGACUUCGAGGCCGUGGCUGAUGACAAAACUGUUAAUAGAGGAACAUAUUACUUCAAUAUUCCCUCUGCUGAGAUGCUUAGUUUAACAACAACAGCAGAUAGAUGGAAGCCGUUCAUCUACAUAGAAAUCUUCAACAGCAUAAUGCGUCUUCACAUAAUGCCACCUCCUCGACAGUUGAAAAUAAACGCCUACCGUAUCAGGGUUGUCACUCAGGGUGGCAGAAGAGACCUGCAAUCUGCUAGAGUCCCUCUGAAGAAUAGCACGGAAGAAGUUACCUAUGACUAUAACUGUGUCGGUACGAAUGGGUCCGUCAGCUUUGUGGUGACACCCCUACACGAUCAAUGUGAGAUGGAAGGCAUCGGAUGCACGUCUGUGGAAAGUCCAAGGAUUAAUAUACAUACCGAGCAUCAAACCCUGAACAUCUGUAUAGCGAGUAUCACGGCUCUGAUAGUGGCGACCCUGUUCGCGUACUACAUUGUGCUGCGACUCAUGCGCCGCUACUGUUGCCACGACAGAUACAGAGACGAAUUGCCCCUUAUGAUCCCGACCCCACCGAAGAUCUUGGUAGUAUACUCCCCAGCCAACCGGCUUCACGCGGAAUGCGUGACAUCGUUCGUCACAUACCUUCGAUCGGAGUAUGGCUUCGACAUCAUGUAUGAUGGAGACAUAUCCACCUCACUCAAAGACCCAUACAACUGGGCACAAAAAGCCUUUGAGCUAGCCACCCACGUCCUCUACGUAGUCGGUCCCGCAAAGGAAGCAAAUUCCUUCAGAAACAUCUACGAUGAUCCCAUAAUAAGUCCCCUACAAAAUGUGGAUACACUACUCCUAUCUUUCGUCAGAGCCAACAGAAGCACUAAGGAGGUUAUCAACGUGAUGUUCGAUCAUUCCAAUGGCGAAGUCCCUGAGGAAACUAAACAUGCUAAGACGUUCGUCUUACUCAAAGAUUGGCAGAAGCUAAUAUCGUAUCUGUCUAAAGACUUGCUCCCCAAAGUACAUAUAAUGCGUUCGGAGAGAGGUAAGCGGUUUUACGAAGAUUUGAACAGGGCUAAAAAGCUGUUGGGCGCCAAGAAUGAUGAGGUCAGCCUGCAGUACGAGAAGGUAAAGAAUUUCGAGAAGAAAAUUUUGGUGUAAAUAUUCACCUGGUUUCGGGCACAGUACAUAUUGCGUUCGGAAGUGUGGCGGGGAAAACUCGAGAUUUUUAUUAACCUUGCGUCUCAUAUAUUUAGUCAGUUACUCAAGAUAUUCAUGUAUAGAUGGUAUAAGUUUCGGAGGUUGUAAAUGUCUCGUUGUACCCAAGCCUCGCCCACCGACUCCUGCGCAUAAGGUUAGGAACAUCUUCGUUGGACGUAGUACGUAAAUUGAACGUGAAACUACGGCUUAUAUGUUGUCUAUUGAUUGUAACCGUACUGAAUGUUUAGUAUUGUUGUGUUGGGACUAAAUAAUAAUAUGGAAAAAUGAUAAAAAUCUUAGUUUUAUAAACAGGCUUAAUUUAGAAUGUUAAAAAGAAGUUUAUGAAUAUUUAAAAAGUUAAAUGUUGUAUCCACCUUAGGUUAAGGACUAUUAUUAUUAUUUAGUCACAAUCUGUAAUGAAAUAUUUUUCGAUUGAAACUUCAGAAUGUUUAUUUAGUGUUACGUAUAAUAAGACGAGAUAUAAAUUGAAUUUGAUAAUAUAUUUAUCCGUGUAAUAUAAAGAAAUGAUACGAAAAAAAUACAAAAAAAAAAUAUUAAGAAGAGCGUCUACAUGGCUCCAGAAUAAAUAGGAAUCAUUAAAUGAUUAUAUUUUUAUUCUGUGAACGUAUUUUAAUGUUAGAUUCUCAGUUGCGAUUGAGGGCGGCACUUUUAGAUGUAUAUCUGUCUCUUUCUUGCACACAGAUUGUAUAUACGCUGUCUCGCAACGAUAUCUUUCUAACAUGGAAUACGAGAAUUUGUCAAAUAUGGGUACUCGAUUGUUUGUUUCGAAAUUGAAAUCUGAAUAAUAACAUUAUUGCUGAACUGAUGAUGGUAGGUUUUAAAGGUUGAUCAAAUAUUUUCUUGGACAAAUAAAAACUAUCUAGUCACAGAUGUCGUAGGAAAAUAGCUCUUAUAGCUAACAGAAUAAAGCCAAAUUUCACUAAGUUCAAGGUUUUAAUACCAAAGAUGGACAAUUUAAAAUUUCAAUUUCGAAAUAUCAACCCUGAGUGUAAGGCGAUAGGGUCGCGAUCCCUGUACACCUCUUCCGGAUUCAUAAAUAUUUUUGUGGUGAUUUAUAACUGUUGUCUAUCCCAGUACGAUGCAUAUCUAAUUGCUUUUAGUAAUAAGUAUUUUUAUAAUUAAUAUUUUUUACGUUUAAUUUUUCUAAUGGCAUUAUUCACUUUUUGAACGUCGCUCCUUUAUCCCACCAGACCGUUGCGGACUUUUUUAUUCUGUGGUAUUAAGUAUCUACACAUGUUACCUUUAAUACGUACUAGGUGUAUAUUUUCUGCGUUUCUUAGAUUUUUAUAAGCAACUAGCAAACUCGGUGAACCCCGAGCGAAAGCGAAAUGGCUUAAUAUUUUUUUUGUAACAGAGAUGGCGCUGUAUGCGAAAAAUGAUUUUCUCUGUUUUCCAACUUUUCUCUUGAAUUUUUUUCCUGAAAUUUCUUUGCUAUACACCUCACAGAGCCCGAGACCUUUCCAAUGAAUGUAAAACCGUGGAAAUCGGUUCGUGCGUUCUGAAGUUGUAGCGUCAGGAAGGAUAACCCGACUUAUUUUUAUAUUAUAAGCAAAACACAUGUUUUUAUUUGCAAUAACUUCUAUAGUUAUAGAGAAAUUGAUGUCAAAGAAAUUUGAACCUUAUUGCUUUACUAACAAAUCUAAUUGGCGUUCAAAAAGUCGAAACAUUUAACUAACAUUACUUUAGUACCUUUUAGAUGUCCAUUUUCUUUAUAAAAAAACUCUUUAAAUUAAUUGCAUAUCUUAAGUAUCGAUGGCGGAAUAAAUAAUUUUAGUACGUAAUACUUGGAACUUGUGUAAAAUCUUUUAUUAGUACAGAAAUUUUCCGAAUUUUCUCUUUAAAUUUGGUGUGCCAUAAACUACACUGAAUCGGUGUUGUGUCUUCGUGUAAUAUGUCGGUGUUUGACCACAUUGUAUUUACACUGCACUAAAUAACUGGAGUGGUAUACUAAAUACUUAUAUAUUAUAACCUUUUUAUAUAAGUAUACGGAAUUAUAAAGUGAUAUUAUGUCAUAAAAGACGCGCACAACUAUCGCAUAAAACUUUUCUACGGUCUUUUAUACCGCCUGUAUAUUAUGCAGGGUGUUGCAAGUAUACAAUUAAUAUUUAGUUUCACCUCUUUUUAUAGUAACUUAUAAUUCUCUUUGAAUAUUUUGAAAAUUAAACUAAAAUGUUAUGAAUUUCAUGAAACCAUGAUAUUACGGUUUCACGUGAUAAUUACUUAAUAAAAUAUUUUAAUUUCUCUUACGCUUUUACAGCUUAUAAUUUUUGUAUCAAUGAAAUAAGUUUUUAUUAAAAAAAAGAUGGAAUAAGCAAACAUUUUUUUUUUCAGUCUUAAAGCAUUUUGAUUGCAAUCUUUCGCUUAGUAUUGCUAGCAUUAAUAUAAUUGUUAUUGAUAUUAUGAACUAGCAACUCUGGUUAUUUAGUGUAAUAUUUGUACCUUUUUUAUAUACCUGUUUCCUCGUUGAUCUCAUCGGUAAAAAAACUGUUGGAGUGUGUUCUAUAUUGAUAAAGGACCUUUCAAUUAUUAAGCUCAAAAUAUUAUACCUUGUGAUGUAUUUUUUAUAAAUAAAGUCGUAAAUAACA